AUGCCACCUAAACCUCGAAUACGUGUCCCAGUCAGAGCUACACCAGCUGCGCGAGGUCGAGCCGCACAGAGUCCACCCUCGAACCCCCCCACGCUUGCUUCCCAGACAAGCACAACCCCGCGCACCGCCUCUACAGUCCGGACAAUAGCGCGAUAUGGCUUCUACGGUGUCACUGGCGUCUGCAUGGGCCUAAGCAUCCGCGACAACUUGUUUGACUUCGAUAAAGUAUCGGGUGCGUCCAUGGCACCGACCAUAAAUCCCACUGUGCAUGAGACAGGGAGAAGAGACGUGGUGUUUGUGCGGCCUUACUUGCACGGUAGGAAUAGCAAUAAUACUUGGGAUAUUGAAAGAGGCGACGUCGUGACGUUUUGGAAACCGCACAAGCCCGAAGAGGUAGGACUGAAAAGAGUUAUUGCGCUGGAAGGGGACACGGUCUACCCAAAGUCUGGAAGUCUGUUGAAUGCAGCGGCGAAUCGAUUAGCUGGUAUGCCUGAUGGCUUAGCCGACUCUGAUCCGGACUCGAUACUUUCUGGCAGAGAAGAGAAGGGAAAGGUGGUGGUGCCCUAUGGACAUGUAUGGGUCGAAGGCGAUAACUGGAGAAGCAGCUUGGACAGCAGAGAUAUUGGGCCAAUAAGCAAGAGCUUAGUUAUGGGAAAGGUGUUCAAAGUUUGGAGAGGGUGGGGCGAGUUGAGAGGCACUGAAGAUAGCAGAACGAGGAAAGAAAAGGAAGGAGCUAGCAGGGUCAAGGAGGGCCAGUGUGAGGUGCCAGGCGUGUUCUUGUAA